UAUAAUUGAAAAUAAAUCCGUGCCUCCGACAGCAUGUAAUGUUUUAAUUAAUGAACUUUAUCCCCAAAUUCUAGGCACACAACCAUUCGACCUUCUCAGUAAAAUUAAAAAGUAUUUGUGAGGACAAAAUGUUUAUUUUUAAAUUAUUUAUUUUUAACUUAGCUGCGAUACACGUUUAAUAUAUAUAUAUAUUUAAACGAGACAAAGAGCUGGAGUAACUCAGCGGAUUAGGCAGCAUCUCUGGCGAACAUUUAAUAUAUUUAUAUACGCCAGUACUCCCAAUCAAUUCAAGUAUUAAAGAUAGACACAAAGUGUUGGAGUAACACAGUGGGUCAGGCAGCAUCUCUGGAGAACAUUUAAUAUAUUAUAUACGCCAGUAGUCCCAAUCUUAAAUCAAGUAUUAAAGACACAAAGUGCUGGAGUAACUGUGGGUCACGCAACUUCCCUUUAGAAAAUGAAUAGGCGACAAUUCGGGUCGACAUCCUUCUUCAGACUGUUUAAUAUUCAAGCAUUUUUAAUUAAUUAAUUUAAUUAAUCAAGAUUAUUUAAUUCAAGUAUUGUUGGCCAUGCCGCUUUUAAAAGUCACACUGAGGAUGCAUUGUUACACCAAAAAUGUCCACCUCUGUAACUACAAUAUAUAUUUUAAAUCAUUUUCAUUAAUAGAACAAAGAUUCUCCAGUGAUGCUGCAUGACCCACUGAGUUACUUCAUCAUUGUGUCUAUCUUCGGUGUAACAUAAAUGUGCUUAUUUCCUAAAUAUCUUGCAGUUUUGACUGCAUUUUUUAAAAAUAAAAUUGGGCGAUUCCGUUUUCAAACGCUGCAUGGCCAAUUUCAGAACCGUUCCCAACUAAAACAAAAAAAAGAGCUGCCUGCACUCCUUGGAAAAUAUUUGCUUGCAGACAUGAGUGGAUCAAAGCCAUUUGUACGCAGACAUACAGGAGGCAUAUUUUUGGCGCGUUGUCAUUCCCGCCACGUCGAGUCUAGUCAGUUUCAUUCUUUUAUUUUGCUUCAGCCUGUGAUUGGCAAACCCGUUUCUCCCCUCCUAUUUCCUCUGACGCCAAUGCAAAUAGGCGUGCCUCUAGGGUUUUCUGAUGGUGCACGCUUGGCUUUUUUUUUACUAUCUGUAUAUAGUCGUUGCUAGUAGUGGGAGCGCACCAAGCAAUCAAGGCAAUCGGACGUGAUCGGAACUUGCCGCUCUUCAUCCAGCUCCUACAAUCUUUAUUUCUUUGGUUUCCUUAUUUGAUAUUCUUCUCCCCAUCCUACUCCAAGACUGCACAGAAGAAGACUUGAUCUAUCUAUCUCCUGCUGUAUUUAAUUGCUGGGACAUUGCAAAGCGUUGUGGAAUAAGGGAGAAGCUCACAGCUUGUUGAAACGUGGGGCUGGUCGUGCCGGCUCGUAUUCCGGUGGAAUUCCUUUAGGAAUCUCGCAAGUGAUAGCCGAGUCUGAAAUCGACGUUUCACGGCCAGGGAUGCUGCUUUCAAAAAUCGGAUCUCUUGCUCAUAUGUACUCGACAUCAAGCGUGGAUAUGCCGGCGAAAAUUCAAUUGCAACAAGUGAAAGAGCGGGAGCCCUUUGAGAAGAUUUAUCAAGUUGGACCGGUCCUCGGUAGCGGUGGGUUUGGAACCGUUUAUUCGGGAGUUCGAGUCGCGGACGGGGCGCAGGUUGCUAUCAAACACGUUGCCAAAGAUCGAGUGUCAGAAUGGGCUGAAUUGUCUAACGGAUCCAGGGUUCCCAUCGAAAUUGCCCUCCUGAAGCGGGUGGGAACGGGAUGCCGGGGUGUCAUCAAAAUGAUGGACUGGUUCGAGAGACCCGAUAGUUUUAUAAUCGUCAUGGAGAGGCCGGAGGCCGUUAAGGACCUGUUCGAUUUUAUCACCGAGAAGGGAGCCUUGCCGGAGGAUUUAGCCAAGAACUUUUUCCGCCAGAUCUUGGAGGCGGUGAGGCAUUGUCACGGCUGCGGGGUGAUUCACCGGGACAUCAAGGACGAGAACAUUCUCAUCGACAUGAGGAACUGGGAACUAAAGCUGAUCGAUUUCGGCUCGGGUGCGCUGUUAAAGGAUACAAUCUACACUGACUUUGACGGAACCAGAGUGUACAGCCCUCCAGAGUGGAUCCGUUACCACAGAUACCACGGCAGAUCUGCAACUGUAUGGUCCCUGGGCGUACUGUUGUAUGACAUGGUAUGUGGAGACAUUCCAUUUGAGCAAGACGAGGAAAUAAUUCGCGGACAAAUUUUAUUCAGACGAAGAAUUUCAUCUGAAUGUCAACAUCUCAUCAAGUACUGUCUUUCCUUGAGGCCCUCUGAUCGGCCAUCGUUUGAAGACAUUAUCAAUCACCCUUGGAUGCAGAAUAGUGUAGUUUCACAAGAUGCCAUUGGACUAAGACUGCACAGUCUGAGCUCAGAAUCAGCGAGCAUUACCCAAGCAAAUUAGGACUUGCGAAACAAGGUGGACUGAUGCUCGUAGAACCAUUUGCCUUCUCUUUGGAAGAACCAAAAAACCUGCCUGGUUUGGAUCUACCAGAUUCCACAGCCUUUUAUAAACCUUGCGAUUAGUGUGAGGGGUGAUGACAAAACAGGAAUCGCCCCCGUCCCCAUCUGCCUCCAUUCCGGUUGAUAGGAACUUGAAUCGUGCGUUACGACAAGCCUGACUCUUCCUCUUCGAGUGCCUUUUAUAACCACUGGACCCACCAACUUACAAUGAAAUACUUGAAUCUCUGCUGCUUCUUCGUAAUUUCUCUGCACAACCAUCAUACGUACACACAAAAACAGACUGGACUACUUAUUGCUGCUGCAGGCACAAGGAACUGCAGAUGCUGGUUUGCAAAACAAAAAAGACACAAAGUGCUGGUGUAACUCAGUGGGUCACAUCGCAUCUCUGGAGAACAUGGACGGGCAAUGUUAAAAAGGACGUACCAUUAAAAAGGAGAUGAGGAGGAAUUUCUUUAGUCAGAGGGUGAUGAAUCUAGAAUGCAUUGCCACAGAUGACUGGGGGCCAAGUCAAUGUUUUCAGGGUGGAGAUCGACAGAUUCUUGAUUAGUGCGGGUGUCAGGAGUUUUGGGGAGAAGGCAGGAGAAUGGGAUUGAGAGGGAACGAUAGAUUAGCCAUGAUUGAUGGGCUACUAUAACUUAUGUCCCAAAACUCCACCUAUCCAACGUUCUCCAGGGAUGCUGCCUAAGUCGUUGAGUUACUCCAGCACGUUUGAGGUUUUUUUCUCCCAGUAACGCCACUAGUUUUUGUUCACAUCUUUCGGUAAAAUAGAUGGAAGACAAACCUCAUCGCCGCGUUAUCACCACUAAUCGGCCCUCAACACUUUUUGUGCAGUCAUCUUGUCGAAUACACUCAACGUGAAGCCAAGGCGUGCAAGAGCAUCAACAACAAUGCACAACCAAUGCAAUGAAUGAACUCUAAAUCUUUGUACAUGUGUGCACAUAUGUAUAUACGAUAUAUAAAUAUAUAAACAAAUGUACAUAAACUGUUUUCGAAGUACUGGUUACAACAAACAUUGUUGGCGCUGUUCUGUUUACCCGUUUAUUUAUUUAAGUGAAGUUGAGGUUUUUUUUAAGCAGAUAUAUUAUAUAAAAAGUUUUGACUGGUGGGUUUAUUUAUAUUUAUUUAUUUAUGGACAACUACCUUCCAACAAACUUGUUCAUUCCACAUUAAUUAUUUGCUCAUUUGAAGACCCACACAUUUUCAUAAGAUCUUGUCAGACUUUAAUUCAGUUCACUCUGUGUUUACAACCAAAUUAAUAAGGUGAUGUCAUUGAAAGAAAAAUUCCAGACUUUGUAAAUAUAACAUUGAGCACUUCUGUUAAAUGCAUGUUGUACUGAAUAUGUAUUUAAUGUCUAGACAAUUUUUUUUGGGGGGGGGGUGGGAGGGAUUGUGUUUUUUUAAUGUGUCCUGUUGGUUUGUAUGGGUUGACUAGAAUGCCACUGCAGAAAUGAUUUGUUUUUAUUGUACAUACUAUAUCUUUACGGUUUGGUUGCAUGUAUGCAGCUUGGAGUCUGAACUGUCAUUUCAUUAGACCUGUAAAUUAAAUAGAAAGGAAGAAAAGUUAUUUUUAUACAGCAUUUCAAAUAAAAUUAAAAAUUUGCCUUAAA